AUGGCGCUUGUACCCCUCCAAUCGUUCUCCAUUCUCAUCUGUCCGGUGAUUAUUUUGCUGGCGCUGAAUUUCCCCGGUAUAUUUUAUCGAAACGCCUUUACCCAAUAUGCGACAGUACUGGCUGUGGUCUUGACAUCCUGGGAAGUCCUUCUGUCUGUGACGUUCGAAAACCCCGUCUUCGCAUACCUGGUGGGACUGUUUGAAGCAUGGAUGGGGAUAUGGGCUUUUGUGCUUGUCGUCUUCAUAAUCCGAGCCAGGAAUUUUAGGUUCCCACCUCACAUGUCUUGGGAGCGUUUGGCUUGGACUAUCGAUCUGUUCAUCAAUCUCAGGGGAAUAGGCUGGAACUAUCGUUGGGGGAAUUACUAUGUUCCCAUCGAUGUCGAAGAGCCGCCAAUGAGCACGAGCAAAGAACGACUUUCAGGUCGCUCUUAUCCACCUAGUCUCGCGAACUUGAUUAUGCGUUUCGUUGGACAAGUCGGUUGGGUUAUCUUUUGUCAGCUCAACAUAUUCCCUUUCAUCAAGACUCAGUUGACGAGUGAUACUGGCAGCAAUUAUAACUUUGCUGUUGGCUUACUCUCCCUUCUGGUAUCCUUGAUUACUAUUGUCGUCGACAUCGAUUUACUCAACACGACAUCUACAUUGAUCGUAACAGCGUUUGAUACAUCGCGCUUUCUUGGGCUACAUGCCUUUCCAUGGGCUCAUCCCAGCCCCUGGGGCUCGCUGAAUGCAGUAGCUAGGAAGGGAAUUCUCGGUAACUAUCCCAGACCAACACAAAUAUCGUCGUAA